CAAAUAUCCCCAUCCGUCGCUUUUUUGUUGCGGCGGAUGCAGCGCCUUGUGAAGGAAAUAUAAACAGAACUUUCAGCAAGUUUCAGCGUAAAUAAGUUUACCGACAUUUUCAAAACAAUUUUCAUUGCGUCAAGUGUAAUGUUUUCUAUCGAUACUUAGGCUGACUCCUGUAUUCUGUUAUCUCUCUCUCUGUAUUGAAUGAAACUUCGUCAUGGAAGCUACAGACAGUAAAGGUCCCGAGGCAAUAGCUACUCCUAAAUUGAGUCCUAAGGAAGAGGUGAAAACUUCCCCGAACCAAAAAACAGAGACUCCAGGAAAAAUUGCAGUUGAAAAUGGCAGUGUCAAUGGAGACCCUCAGAAGAAAGCUGAGGUAGAAAAAGAAAAUGCCGCCAAAGCAAAAGAAGAAAAUAAAACACCAAUGAACUCUAACAAACAAACUGAGUCAGCACCAGUCAAGCAGAAUAAUAACAAGCCUGCUGAGUCCACUAACAAAAAAUCAUCACGUGAAGAAAAGUACUCUCGCAGGAAGGAUGAACGCAGUGUUGAGCAGGUUAUGCGUUCUCUCAAUUCUUUUGAAACUCCUCAAGAGAAGCUUGAUGCUCUUGUUAAGAAGUAUGCAGAAGUUGCUGAUGAGAACCGUAAAUUUCAAACUCAAUCAAAAAAUAUUGAACGCAGGUUAACUCAGCUGGAACGAGAAAAGGAUUCUGCUCAAAGUGAGCAUAGCAAAGCUGUCCUUGCUCGAAGUAGGCUUGAAGGCCUUUGCCGUGAACUUCAAAGGCAAAAUAGGGCCAUAAAGGAGGAAAGUGUUUUAAAGAUUCGUGAGGAAGAAGAGAAAAGGAAAGAAGUUUCUAAUAAGUUCCAAAGUACUUUAGCAGAAAUUACUUCUCUAAUGCAACAAAACAAUGAGAAAAAUUCCAAACUUCGCGAUGAUAAUAUUGAAAUGACCACCAAAUUUAAAUCUGUGUGUGAACAGUAUGAGCUCAGAGUUCAGCAAGUUGAAAAGAUAUCAAAGCAAAUGGGACUCGAAGCCCAAUUGGCUGAUGCGAAACUUGCCAAGGCACAACUGGAGGGUAAAGCAGAAAAGGAACUUCUUCUACGUGACAAGCAGGAAUUACUUUUGGAACUUGCUCAGUAUCAGGUUAGAGCCAGAGAGCAACAAGAAACGGAGCUAAGACUCCGUGAACAGGUGGAGCUGUAUACCAACAAGUAUGAUGAAUUCCAAACAGCCUUGUCUCGCAGUAAUGAAGUUUUUGGAGGGUUCAAAGAAGAAAUGGAAAGGAUGUCAAAAAAAAUUGUUAAACUAGAGAAAGAGACAUCUACUUGGAAACAACGGUGGGAGAAGAGUCACCAAGCUCUUCUUGAGAUGGCCACUGACAAACAGCAGAGGGAUGCUGAACUGGCCCUUGCUAAUCGACAGCUGAACCAAUUACAUAAACUUUGUCGAACUCUCACUGAGGAACGUGCUAAGUUGAUGGCUCAAAUUAAUGCUGUUGGUGCUCCAUCAGAUUCUGCUAAAGAGGAAAAGCUGGCUGCUGACAUAGCAGAAGAUCGUCGGAAACUUAAUGACACAUUAGACAGCUUGCAGUCAGUAAUUUUGGAAAGAGAGUUGUUGCAUAAGCAACAACAGCUAGAAAAGCAACAGCAGCAGCUUCAGGUUGAACUCCAGAAGCAGAUUGCCUCUGGGACUGUAGAAUCAAAGGUCAAGACAAAUGAUUCAAAAGUAGUUGAUGAACUCAAGACUAAUGACUUGAAAACCGCUGAAUCUAAAUCAGCCGGUAAUAAAAACGCGGAAAGCAACAAAAAGAAGGGCAAAAAUAAGAAAUCAGGGCGCCAGGCUCCUGAAAAACAGACAACCACUGAGGAAUCUCCAGCUGAAACCAAAGAAUCUGAAUCUGCCCCUCCAGUAAAUAUUGCCCCCACAGAAGUUGAUUCUUCUCCCCAACCAACAAAAUCGCCUGAAGAUACUCUAAAGAAAGUACCAGAUCUCUCUGAGACUCCUUCAACCAAUAUUGCUGCUCCUCCUUCCUCACCUGAUAAGACUGAUGCUGAAAAGAAAGCUGAACCAAAAUUGAAAGAGGUGACAGCGCCAAAAACAACAUCUGUUCCCUCUGAAAACGCUGUUGCACCAAAGGCUCAACAAUCUGCAUCAGUUACUGAGGUGGUACCACCACCUGCAGCUGCACCACCACUUCAAGCUGUACCAUCACCUGCAGCUGUACCACCACCUUCAGCUGUACCUAUUCCUGACCAGCCUCCUGCACCUGCAGCUUUUAGUUAUGCUGCUGCAGUUGGUUCAAAGCCUGUGGAUCCUGUAGUAUCUGCAGCACCCACAGCGCCUGCAGCACCUCCAGUGCCCUCAACUCAAGAGAAGUGUCUGACUGAAAAGACUUUAGAGAAAUCAGUAGUUUCUGAAAAUGAAACUGCUCUACCUGUAGAGUCCUCUGAUUCUUCAAUUAAAAAAAUUGAUGCGGUCAAUGACUUAGCUACUUCCACAACUGGUGAAGCGGCUGUCACACCUUUAGCGGAUGCACCUUUAGCGGAUGCACCUGCCGCUUCAAUUUCUGCUACACCUACUACUGCACCUAGUGCUCCAACUGUUGCUCCUACUGUUGCACCCACUGUCGAAUCUACUGUUGCACCUCCUGUUGCACCUCUCACAACUAAGAAAAGCAAGAAAAGGGUUGGGCAGCCACUGGGGAUCAAAGGUCGUACCGCGUCUCUGUUUCGGAUUUCGAAGCUGUUUGGUUGCUUCAAGCGGCACAGUCAGGCAACUCAGACGCAUGAGCCGAGUUGAGAAUGAAGCCAGCCAUUUUAUCUCUCUUUAAAACGAGGAAAGUAACAAGAAAAAGAAGAAUAAAUGAGACUCAAUUUAUGAUAAUGUCUUAUCUACUCAGUAGUUUUUUUUUUUGUUUUGUUUUGAGAAAGGACACUUCAUGGAAAAGAGAUCUGUCAAAUUGUCAUCAAAAGUCAAAAAUGUUUAAUCUUGCAUGUCUAAAAUUAGGUCAAGGCAACAAUUUAAAAAACAAAAUUAUGUCAAAAUCAACUAAUUUAAGACAGUCAGAAUGACUAAAAUUCGAUUCGACUUUAAUUUUAUGUAGUAUCUCUGUCCCUUCGUUUCCUGAAGUUUUGUGAACAAUUUUGAUGUGUCAGAGGCUUGUGAUUUUCACCAAUGUUUCUUAUACUUAUGUGCCAUUUUGAAUCAUUUCUGUUUGUUAACCCUUUUUUUUGUUGUGAAUUACAGUUUUCCUUCCCUUUUGUUAAAACAACAACAAACCACAAAACGGA